AUGAAGUUCUCCAUCCAGACGAUCGUCCUGGCCUUCGCGGCCGCCACCGUGAGCGCCGCGGCCGUCGAGGACCCGUCCAUGGCCGCCGUCCGCCGCGACACCCUCCUCAUGGAGCGCCAGGGCGCCAACGACAACCGCCCCGUGCCCAACGGCGCCUGCUGCGUCGCCAACACGAGCCUGAAGCAGGACGUCUGCAACGUCAACGGCCAGACCGGCCGCUGCGUGCCCGACAACAUCAACAACUGUGGCGCCCAGUUGACAUGCAUCGAGGACAGCAGGUUGACCUGCGACGCCAACACCCUCGAGCGCGGCCGCCCCCUUUGCCGCCGCACCCCUGGCGCGUAG